UGUAGCUGGUCUCUGUGAGACGUAUAGAUGCAGCAUUGAUUGCUUUCAGCAUGCAAACACUGGCGCAGCUGCAGCCGCACUUGUUGAGUUCAGACCGGGAGACGGACGCAGGCGAAAGCUUUGUCACUUACACGGAAAACUCUGAAACUCCGAUCAGAUGACCCUCUCGCCGGCUCUGUCGACGGUGUGAACGCGGGCCGUCAUGUCCCAGAUGCUCCACAUGGAGAUCCCUAACUUCGGCAGCAUGGUGCUGGGCUCUCUGAACGAGCAGCGCCUGCAGGGCCAGUACUGCGACGUCUCCAUCGUGGUGAAGGGCCAGGCGUUCAAGGCCCACCGCGCGGUGCUGGCGGCCAGCAGCCUGUACUUCCGCGACCUGUUCAGGGCAGCAGCAAAGCGCAGUUUCGAGCUGCCGUCCUCCGUCACGCCGGCUUGCUUCCAGCAGAUCCUGGGCUUCUGCUACACAGGGAAGCUGACCAUGGCGGCCAGCGAGCAGCUGGUGGUGAUGUACACAGCCGGAUACCUGCAGAUCCAGCACAUCGUGGAGCGCGGCAUGGAUCUGAUGUUCAAGGCCAACUCUCCGCACUGCGACUCGGCCACGGCCGCCAUGGACGAGCCCAACUCGGGCCCGCAGAGUCCCAGCAACAACCCGCUGGUGCCGUCAGUGUGGUCGCCCUCGCUGCCGUCCCGCAGGAUCAAGCUAGAGGAGCCGCGUGAAACGGGCGGACGGGACGCGUCGGGUCGAGGCGCUUCGCUCUUCUGCGCCGGAGCGGUGGGCGCGUUCGCACCCGGAGCGCCAGCGUAUCUCGGAGAGCGCUCCAGUCCAGGAGCGUCCAGCCUCCCGACCACCGACAGCCCCACGUCAUACCAGAAUGAAGACGAGGAGUUCGAGGAAGAGCCCUUCGACGCAGAGGAGACCUACAGCCAGCUGUGCGGUCGCUCCGCCAACCCUUACGGAAUGGCAGAGAAGCCCGAGAUGGCGGUCAUGCCCGUGUCGCUGGAGAACCGCUCCUGUGUGCUGAUCCGCCGGGAUCUGGUGGCGCUGCCCGCCAGUCUCAUCAGUCAGAUUGGUUAUCGCUGCCAUCCCAAACUAUACACGGAGGGAGACCCCGGAGAGAAGCUUGAACUAGUGGGAGGCACGGGUGUGUUCAUGACCAGAGGUCAGCUGAUGAACUGCCAUCUGUGUGCCGGCGUCAAACACAAGGUGCUGCUGCGGAGGCUCCUCGCUACCUUCUUUGACAGAAACACAUUAGCAAACAGCUGUGGGACGGGGAUACGAUCUUCAACCAGCGACCCCAGCCGAAAACCACUGGACAGUCGAGUCCUAAACGCUGUCAAACUUUACUGUCAGAACUUCGCGCCCAACUUUAAGGAAAGUGAGAUGAACGUCAUCGCCGCUGACAUGUGCACCAACGCGCGCCGCGUACGGAAGCGCUGGCUUCCCAAGAUCCAGUCCAUGCUGCCGGACGGGAUGGAGGUCUAUCAGGGCUCGUCCGCGGGCGUGAGUCUGGGCGUCGGCGGGCUGCCGGUGGGCGUUCAGCUGCCCUUCGAGCCUGACUUCAAGAACCUGCUUCCCUCGGGCAUAAAUCUGGAGCAGCGGCUCUACGCCGAGCGCAAGGAACCCGUGAGGACUCAUUUGCCGAUGGACAGCGACGGUGCAGACCUUCCCGGUGAGGAGGAGGACGAGGAGGAAGAGACCCAGACCGACAGCGCUGAGGGGACGUUGGGCGCGGGGCCUGUCAAGCCUGGAGCUGAGGGCGGGGCCUCUGUGGCCACACCCCCCGAGCAGCAGCAGCAGCAGGAGGAGGAAGAGGAGGAGGAGUUUGCAGACGGCCUGAGAAUAAACGGGAAGUGAGCGGAGCAGACGGCUUCCUUAUUGACUCUGGAAACCACCUUUCAGUUCAUAUCCACCGUGUGAAUACAUGCUGAAGGGAAGAAUCUGUGUAUUCAGAAAGCCAAACACACACAGGCAUCGUGAAGAAACACUUACCUGUUCAGUUAUCCUGGAAACUAGUAUUUCAAGUUGAAAGUCAUCUGGACAGUGUCAUUUACUCCAGAGAAGUCGUGUGACGAAGCUGCGGGUGACCUUCAUUGUGAAACAUAAUAUUACGUUUUGCAUGUUCCGUUCUUGAGAUCACUUUGCCAUAAAUAUAGCAGUGAAUCUCGCAAAAGCAUGACCAGAUCACAUUACGCCCCAAAAAACAAGAACCUUUGCAAAAAGAAAAUGAAGCUUUUAACAUUCAAAUAAAUAGCCCUGUUUACAUGUUUGUAAUCGGAUUGAUGACUGAAAAGCCUUCAUGUAAACAUCUGACUGAACGCAACUGUUGUUCAGAAUACAUGUAAACAAAUAAGUGAAUCGGAUUGCAAUGUUUAGGGUUCAUAUAAACAUAAAUCCUAGAAUCUUAAAUCCGAUUGGAUUCAUUCCAGUGCAAGUAAUCAUGCCCAUUAUUUAUGACAGUUAAGCCCCAUUAUUAUUAAUCUAAAAUAAUAAAAAAUAUAGAAAUAAAUAAACUAUUAAGAAAUAAUUACUAGUAAUUAUUAUAAUAUAUACAGUAGUGGCCAAAAGUGGGAGAUAUUUGUUUUUAAUAAUCCCACAAGUUUGAUUAAAGCAUCAAAAUAUAAGGAAAAUAUUUUAUAUUUUUUAAAUAUGAGGGAAGAACAAAUCACCUGUUUCAGCUUGUUUAAUCUGACAAAAUUAUUUGGCGAAAAAAGGCAAAAACUACAGCUACAGGUUUUAUUUUACUAUGCAAAAAAAAAGCUGGCAAAAUUUGUCAUGUUUCAUUGCGUUAUUAUCACAAAUAAAUCAAUCGACUACAAGCACAACUAUGCAAUAUAAUCACAAAACCUUUAAUAAUAUUUGAAUAAAGGGUGAAGAUAUAAUUUUCCCAAGACCGGACACCACUUUUGGCCACUGCUGUACAUUUUGUAAACAUACUUUCUUCCAUACUGUUUUCAUAUUUAUUUUUAAAGUACUGUAUUAGAAUCAUUGAUUAAUGCAAUUUGAUUUAAUUUUCAUUAGAAUAACGUCACAAUGCAAACAUAACACGGUGAAACGCGAUCUGAGCAUGUUGUCUUGUGAGAUUCAUCUACUAUCUAGAAAAAUGGCUGCGUUUAAUAAAACUGAAACGAUGCAUUUCACGACAGUUGAGUGAUGUUUCAUGUCACUGCAGUUUUGAAGUGCAGUAGUUUUGAAUGCUUCCAUCAUCUUUCAGAUGCCUGCGCGUGUUUGACGUCAGACACUCACAGAGACAAACGCACGCCGACGCUGCUAGAAUGUGCGCUCACUUCCACCGCUUGCAUGCCAAAUCUGAUACAAAUUCACAGCCUCGAUAUAAUCUGCAUCCCCCAAAACAAGCAGAAAAACUGCUACUGUUAAUGUAAGGAAGGCGUCAGAGAUGUGGGAACAGUCUGGAAUCUAAGUGACGAGGUUUUUCUGUACUCGCUGGCUUCUUCACAUUUGCACUUGAUGGGUUUAAGAUGGCGAUGGAAAGACUGUUGACGAGCGGCACUAAGAGCGAUGUUCGUGUCUCUGGGUGAUUUUGUUCACUGUUCAUGCAGGCUUUGCUUUACGUGCGAAGCGCUUCCUGUUCCCUACGUGUUUCUGACACAUGCACUAGUCUAGAGGACACUAACAGAACAAGCCCUCCAGUCUACAGAUGACACGAUAUGACAAAAACAUGAAGUGAUUCUCACCAAAAUCACGAAAUGAUCUUUGGCCUUAAGAGACUCAAAAUGUGUGUUGUUGGAGGUUCUGCAGGAGCAGGGUUGGAAAGCACUUGAUUUUUUUUUUUUUUGUGUGUGUGUGUGUUUUCUUCAUGAAAUAUGUUAUUUUGAUUUACACUAGUGGUCAAAAGUUUGGAAUAUAGCUAGGAUUUAAAAAAAAAAAAAAAAAAAAAAAAAGUCUCUUCUGCUUGCCAAGACUGCAUUUAUUUGAUUUAAAAACAGCAAAAAUUGUGAAAUAUUAUUACAGUUUAAAACAGCUGUUUUCUAUGUAAAUAUAUUGUAAACUGUAAUUUAUUUCUUUGACCAAAAGCUGAAUUUUUAGCAUCAUUUCUCCAGUCUUCAGUGUCACAUGAUCCUUCAGAAAUCAUUCUAAUAUGAUGAUUUGCUGCUCAAUUAGAUAAAUAUAUAUAUAUAUAUAUAUAUAUAUAUAUAUAUAUAUAUAUAUAUAAAUUUUUUGAAAGUGUGAUGGUUCAAAGGAAAUAUUUGGUAAUAUUUGGUAUGCCUUUACUGUCACUCUUGAUCAAAUUAAUAAAUCCAUAACUUUAAAAAUUUGAAUGGUAGUCUAUCACCAGGGUUGCCAGGUUUUCACAACAAAACCCACCAGAUUGCUACUCAAAACUAGCCAAUCACGUUCCGGGGGGUAAAAUCCACAUUUUUGCCGGGGUUCCCCUGGUAAAAUUCGCAAAUAUCAUGUUAUUUUGGGUCACUUCAACCUGCGGACAUAAAAAACAACCCGCUGCAACAGUGGGAAAACCGCUGACUUGGCAACACUGUCUAUCACCGUUUUCGCAAAAAUGUUAAUAUUGAUAAUAAGAAGAAAUAUUACUUCUUUAAAAAAAAAAAACAUAAAAAAAUAAAUUUUAUUCCAAACUUUUGACCAGUAGUGUAAGCUCUUAAACAUUUAAUGACGCAAACAUGUUAUAUUCUCACUGAGACUUUAAGAGCGUUAUCUUUAUCAGGCUAUUAAUACUGUGGUCGUCAGAAUCUCCAGGUAUGUCGAGUUUAUGGAAAUCCAUCUUCAGUCAUGAUGACGUUGAGAUCUACUGAUUUGGCCACGUUAUAUUUGAUUCGAUUGGUGGUUUAUUUUGCACUGUCGUUUGUUAAAGUGCCUCGUCAGUGCCGUUGAUUGACAGCUGUCAUGAUUCUAAUCAACACUAGAUGAUAAAGACUAAACUAAGGACGUGUCUAAGGACACAUUUAUUCUUUCUUUCUUGUGAAGAGUUCAAAACAGCAUCUUCACUCUCUUCUCCUGUUUUAUCAUUAGUAGCAUCAUUAAUCAGAAAGAUGCCCGACUCGUAUCUCUGUGAGGACGAAACGUCUUAAGGAGGAAUAAUCGCCUUGGUUUUGUUGUGGUUGAAGAACUUGUGCCUUAUUGUGACUACUGAUACCAUCAUAAUAACUACACUUCAGCCUUGUUUGUUAAUAAUAAUGAUCAAACCUUCGUUUGUGGAGACGGUUUGGGAAAUUAUGCAAAAAAAAAAAAUGUCAUGCAAUUGCUUGUUGUUUAUCACAGCUGUAGUUGCAGGUGUUGGUUUGUUGUUUUAAUAACCUCUACAAACCUGAAGAUUCUGACCAGAACUGACAGAUGGAUCGUUGAAAAGAUGUCUGGUAUGAUUAAUACUGUUAGAUUUCAUGUUUAUGUAGUCUGUGACUAUUUAGAGCGAUAGCAAUACAUUUCUAAAGGUAGAAAGAGUCACUAAAAUGUGCUGGAACUAAUAUAUGAUCACUAAGGCCAGUUCUUACACUAGUAUUUUCAAGCACGUCUUUUAUCCACCUUAUUUUUCAACACAGUUUUCUGUGAAUGUGCGAGACUUACGAGGAAUCAACUAGAAGAAUAACAACGUGCUGUAAACGAUAAAACUAUUUGCGCUACAGACCAGUGUGUUAUGACAACACUUUAAAAUAAUAUGGUAAGAAAUGUUUUGGUAAGAGCUGUUUUGUACAGCUAAAAAUUGAGACACGUUCAACUUGCAAAUGGCCGUGCCCUUGUCAUGAGAAAUCGAGUCCCCCAGGAAUCGGGUCUCCUUUAGGACCCAGGCGGUAAUGCCUGAUCAAAAGUUGUUAUCGUGAUGGCUUGACUAAUUAUAAUUCUAAUUAUAUUUCACUAUUGUAUGAUAUUUAUUACAUUAAGUGUACAAACAACAUGCUUGAAAUAUGAAAGAAUGCAUAUGUAUUGCAUAAUAAAACAAGCUGGAAACAGAUAUUGGAAGCAAAAAACAUACCUAAUAUAAUAUGAGCUAAGCUAGCUAUCGGGUAGAUGUAUGCCAUGCUAGUACAUAAGCUAACUAAAAAAGGUAAGAACGAGAAAUACUUCACAACCUAUAGCUUCAGUUAUACUAGUAUAUGAACCAUGUAAUUUAAAAGACAUUAAUGGUCAUUAUAACGAAUUUUAAACGAUAUAAAUCAUAACGUGAAUUAUAAUCAGGCUCUAAAAAUACUACCCAUUAAAAGUCCGUUGAACCAAUGGGAUCACUCGGGGCCUAAAGGAGACCUGACUCAUGGGGGGAGGAUUCGAUUUCUCACCACACCAUUCUUAUGUGAAAAAUAAGGUGGGCUUCUCGUUAUUUACCCAGAAACCCCAACGCAAGCAUGCGUCUAAUGCCAACCUUCCACGUAUAUUGUUUUAUCUUUGAAGCUAAGCACGUGGCAAAACGUUGCACUAUAAAGUGGAUAUCGGAGAAUGUCCUUUGCCAACCUGUAGAGCGCAAAGCGGUUUGUUGUAGCUAUUCGAAUGAAUGUAACAUGCUAAUUUAUAGAUUUCUCUAGGUAGAGGCUCCUUCAAUAAGGCCGCGUGUUUAUAUCAGCACUAAUGGCUAAUGUAAGCGCUUUUGCACAGCUGUGAGGUUUUGUUUGCGUGUGAGAAUGAGAGACGAGUGUUUGUGUCUGCGAGACCUCUUUGAGCAGCUCCACGUUAUGAAUAUGAAAUACAAACUCUGUCAAACUGAGCAUAUAUUCGAAGAUCACAGUGGUCCAUAAUUUCAUGUGUAUCAUUUAGUGUUCGUUUGGCUGCUGCCCGAGUACAGAUAUCACGGAAACGGCCUUUGAAUGUAAUAAAAACAGCUGUUUUCUGAUGAAUCUCGCAAAAGAAAUGCUCGCAAAAUAAGAAUGCGUAUAUGAAUGCCCGUUCACACCAAGGACGAUAACUAUAAUGAUAAAGAUAUAGUUCUAAAUAUAAAAGAAUAGCAGAGUCCACAAAACAACUAUAAUGAUAACGGCAUAGUGAAACGAUAUCGCUAGCAGGGUUGCCAGGUUUUUCCGCUCAAUUGCUACUCAAAAUUAGCCCAAAACCAGCCCAAUUGUGUUUGCAUUACGGGGAGUAAAAUACGCAUUUUUGGCUUCAACCCGCAGCAACAGUGUUAAUGUAGCUCAAAUGCGCGGGAAAACCGCAGACUUGGCAACACUGAUCACUAGAAUCACUUUCAGAGCGAUUGAACUAUAAAAACAUUGACAGCCAAUCAAAAUCCAUCCUGGUGUAAAAAGCGCUAGUAUUUAAAGUGACAGACGACAAAACUGCAGCGCGCUUAAAAUAAACAACGAUAUCACGCGUUAAUGUGGAUGCUAAUAUUGUUAUCGUUCUUUGUGUGAACGGGUUUUUAAAGAAAAUGAAGCAGGGUCAUUCCUGCAGUUGAAGAAAAAAUAAAUUAUUUUCUAGACUUGUCAGAAUGUCUAUCAUAAAAACACUGGUCAAGCUCAGGCUAGUAUCACCUAAUAAUAGUUCACAUGUGGUCGAGGAAGUUUUUCCACCCUGUUAUAUGACAUUUUUACAAUGCAGUGUGUAACAGGGUGGAUGAUUUAAGAUAAAGCCCAUUACUAGCUAGGAAAGAACAACAUGCUAGCAGAAGAUUUACAUUUAGGAAGAAUUUGACACAACAGGGUGGACAUGUUAUGUUUUACGCUAUUAGGUAUAUCUUCUAAAAAGAUAUACCUACACAUUUUUACUUUGUUCAUGGAGUUGAGUGCGUUUGCGCCAUGUUGUAAUUACCGUAAUUACGAGAUUCCAGCAUUCAAGUCCUUGUAGAUCUCAUAAUUACAACUUGUAAGCUGGGAAUUUUUUUCUGAGAGCUCCUACCUGUACCAUGUGACUGCUGCAGAUUAAUUUAGGCGUUGAUAGUGUUCCCAUAUAAACGCAUAAUUCCCAGUACGAGGAUGUGAACAGCUCCAGGUAGAAGGUCACUUGUCAUCAAGAAAUUACGGUACAACAUGGCGUGAACGCAGCAUUGCUUUCCCUCCAAGGAAAUUGUCACUUCUAGCAAGUCAUGUGAUUUAGGGCGUAUACUUAAGAUUUUAAAGGGCAAGUAACACCAAUGUAACAGGGUGGACUGAAGUUUGAGAGACAAACCAAUUUAAUGGUUUUACACAAUAAAAAGUAUGUAUCACAAUAAAUUGUAUUUUAUGUCAAAGAGGAUAAUCAAAAUUGCUAAUUUAGAAAUGUAACCUUAAUUUCAAAGUGAAGUUGAGAAAACAUGAUUGAGGACAAGUGUCAAGUGCUUCAAAAAGUUUUUAUUUUUUUAAUCAUUUUUGGGUACUAAUUAUGAAUUUGUGUUAACUAGGUACAUCUAUGCAUAGAAAACCAUGUGCUAUGAUCAAAAUUUUAUGUAAAAUAUGAAGUAUUGUUUCAUGGGGACAUAAAAUCCACCAAACUAUAGAAAUGACCCCUAAAAAUGGGCUUCAUUUUCUUCAUGCAAAUGAUCAUUUCUCAUUUUAUUCCUUUGAUUUUGGAGUGAAAAACACCCCGAGGAAAUUGCAUAUUCCUCUGUGCAACCGAAAGACUUGCUGUUUAAUUAUUCAAAUUAAUAUGCGCAUUAAUUAUCCGCCUAUAAUAACUGCAUGCUGUUUCUCCACAGACUGGUGUCCCGUGUGCACAUGCGCACUGUACGUAUGUGUGUUUCUCCUUGUAAAUAACGGCAGCACUUUAAACGCCUCACAGUUCGUGUGAAGCUUGGUGAAAUAAAUUCACUGGGAGCUUUAAAGCCUUGAGCUCCGAGCGCUGACAAUCAGAGGAAGAAGGUGUUUUCAGGAUCUCUGCUAUUGAAUGUGUUUCUCGUCUGAACACACGAGGCCACGACUCAAAUAUAACGAUAGCUAAGCUUUGCCUGUAGCGAUGCGCUUUCAUGCUUUGCAUUAAAGACAGGUUCCUUAAGAAAGUUUAUAACAAACCAUUAAACUGCUUUUUUAUUGAACUAAGAAACAAUUAUGUCUACUGCAACACGUCACAAAUAAAAUCUCUUUCAUUCCCAGUG